AUGCCAGCUCUCUUCUCCCUCGAGACGCCAGUCAAGUCCCUGACGACGCUGUUCGUCGCCUGGAAGGCCGUCCUGCUCGCCUUCGCCCUCGGCGCCGUCAUCGGGCCCGACUACGACACGUCCACGUCCAUCUUCUUUGAGAUCCUCUACGGCAGCAAGGCGCACGUCCCGUACCUGGCGACCGUGCUGACGAGAUGGGACGCCCUCUACUUCGUGCAGUACGCCCGCCAGGGAUACGUCUUUGAGCAGCAAUGGGCCUUCGGCGCCGCCAUGCCAGCUGCAGUGCGCGCCGUCAUGGGCUUUAUUCCCUCGUGGCUUGUCGAUACCGACGCCGUCGUCAUUGAGCCGCUCGUCGCCAUCGCGCUCGUCCACGUCUGCCAUCUCACCGCCGUGCUGGCUCUGUACCGGCUCACCAUGCUUCUGUCAAACGACAAUAAGCUCGCAUUUGUCGCGUCGGCGCUGCACAUCUUUUCACCCGCCGGCGUCUUCCUUUCGGCCCCGUAUGCCGAGAGCCCUUUUGCUGCCCUGGCGUUCGUCGGGAACCUGCUCUUCGCCCUGGGCAUCAAGAACAAACGCGAGCCGAUGAAGCGAUUCGUCCUGAUUGUAGGAGCAGGGAUCGUCUUUGGUCUCUCUACUUCGUUCCGGACCAACGGGCUGGCUAGCGGUGCGCUUUUUGCGGUUGGGGCCAUCAACUGCCUUAUGGCGCUCAUGAAGGAACCAAGCGUUGGCAGGGUCCUCGCCCUGGCAGCCCCGGGCAUUGGCGGUCUUUGCGUAGCCGCAGGAUCCGUCAUACCGCAGUACUUUGCGUGGAAGCGCUACUGUCACGAUGCUCUACCCGAGCUGGGACCACGACCGUGGUGCUCGGACGUUGGAUUCUUGCACUACUGGCGGCCGAGCCAUGUGCCGCUGUUCUUCGUCGCAGCUCCUAUGCUCAUGGUCCUCAUCACGUCCGGAAUCGAGGUCACGCGCGACCCGUUUAAGGCGCUCCGCAUGCUCAAGUCGAGCAACGGCGAAGACUAUCGAGUCUUUGUGCGUACUCUCGCCGCCACUCAGACGGUCAUUGCGGUGCUCGCCAUCACCAAUUAUCAUGUCCAAAUCAUCAACCGCAUGUCCUCAGGGUAUCCCAUCUGGUACUGGUGGGUGGCCAGCUGCCUGAUCGACGAGAAGCGGCAGGCCCUGGGCCGCAGGAUCUUUGUCUUCAUGGUCAUGUACGCAGGGGUCCAGAGCGGCCUGUUUUCGUCUUUCCUCCCCCCUGCCUGA